GAAGAAUCUCAGGCAAACUGUGUUCAAAAGUUGGUAGUCCUGUGCGUUAGAAAAUAGUACGGAUUGUCAGUUGCUAGCCUAUUCUACGUUUAGUACAUUAUCCAUAUAGUAUAUUAUUUAUGGUAAAUUCUAUGCUAGUCUGUUACCUAGUUGUUAUUUAAUUUUCCCGUUGUUGAUUUGAUAGCAGCUAGCUACAGGAACUAUGUAUAGUUUGUGUAGCUAGCCUAACGUUAGCUAACGUAAAUGUUGUUCAGUUACACCGGCUCAGAAGAAUAUGCAGCUAUGUUGUCAUUGAUGUUUAUUGCUCUGUUGGGUUUAUUUAGGGUGUCUGUUUCUGGUUUAAAAGCCCCUAGGUCUCUGUAGUUGGUUAGCUAGCUAUUCCAUUGGCUAACGUUAGACAUUUUAACAUGAAGACGUCAACAAGUGCGGUCGUGAUGCACAUAUUCACUGUUGCUGUAUGCAGCCUAUUGCUGGUUGCUCAAGGGCAGAUGGACGACGACGAAUGGCUUGAUCCGCAUGAUAUGUUGAACUACGAUGCAAGCUCAAAGACCAUGAGAAAGCCUGCUCAGCCUGCUGAGCUGAACAAUUACCCUAAUGUACCCACCAAAAGAAGGGAAUACAGCCAGGAUUUGGAUAAAAUGGAAGUAAGGGAGUGCAACAACAAAGUGGAAGGGUUACAAAGAGAGAUUGGAGAGUACAAGAAGAAGAUUACACAGGUUGCACAGCAGCCGUCAAGCAACCCAGUGUUCAAGCGAUUCCUCACCAAGCUUCUGAAGGAGAUUGAAAAAGUUGGCCUGCCCACCGAUCUCAAGAACGAUAUCCACUACGACGCCAAAGUGAAACUGUCUCGGCAAGCGGUGACGGAGAUCCGGAAGCUUCUGGAGGGAAUGGACACCUGGAGAACGGGGGCUCUGGACAAUGCCCUCAGUCAGAUCCUGGUGGAUCUCAAACCACAUGACUACGAGGCCUGGAGAUGGCACUUUGAGGACACCUUUGGUGUGGAGAUCGACACAGUCAUGAAGGUGUCUGUGUUGGUCUUAAUCAUAGUGGUCAUCAUCUGCAGUGAGCUGUGGUCUACAGUCUCCUGGUUUGUCCAGUUCAAGAGAAUCUUUGCCAUCUGCUUCUUCAUCAGUCUGGUCUGGAAUUGGUUCUAUCUCUACAAGAUUGCGUUUGCCGAGCACCAAAACAAAAUGGUGAAGAUGGAGGGCGUUGACGCAAAAUGCACUGGGAGGAAGAAAAUUGACUGGUGGGAUAACUUGAAGGAUUGGUACAGAGGUGCCAUGACUCUCCAAGACGAUCCCUGUAAGAUGUACUACGAAGUCCUCAUGGUCAACCCCAUCCUUCUCGUACCACCAACUAAGGCUAUCACUAUGACCAUCACCACCUUCUUCACGGAGCCUCUGAAGCACAUUGGUCAGGGGAUCAGCGAGUUCCUACGAGCCCUCCUCAAGGACCUACCGGUCACCUUGCAGAUCCCUGUGCUAGUCACCAUCGUGCUCUCCAUCCUGGUUUUCAUGUAUGGCAGCGCUCAGGCCGCUAUCCAGCAUGGCAUCACCAGACCGCUGCGUGUCGGUGGGCCCAGGGAUCCCUCUCCCCCAGCCUUGGAUCAGCCCAUGCCUGAGGCCCGUCUGAGAGGGACAGACCACAACCCACAGGCGGGGGACGCCCCUCAAUACUCCCCUCUCCCGCUUAGACGCCGACUAGGACCAGCCGCCAACCAGGACAGGACCUAUGUCGGCCAGAGGAGCCCCCCCCCCAGGCCGCAAAAGGAACCGACCAGGAGGUACGUGGAGACCCUGAGGAACACCGACUGGCGGUACAGCGAGGACAAGAUUAUCUCAGAGUGUUGGGACGAUUUCACUGAUGCAGAGGAUACCAACCCGCUAACGGUAGAGGGUAAUACCAACAUUCAGGCAGAUAUGCAAGAAGAACCAGUUGAAGUUGGAUCCACAACAGAAGGCAAUGACUCGCAAGAAGCUAAACCCUCUCCAGUGAAAGCUAAAGCCAAACCAGAUGAGGACGUGGCAUCUGACUCUAAAGGGGCAGCUGAUAGCAUGGCUGAGCACCAGGCUGAGUAUACUGGAGGUCGCGCCAGCCCAGUGCAUGCAACUCCAGCAAGUGGUCUCGGGCACGAGCAACAUGACAAAUUCUUGAAACACGAACCAGAGAGUAAUUUUACGCUUCAGACCCACCCUGCUAACGCAGCCAGUGUAGCAGGUUUCAUUGACAACAAUGAGAGCGUGUCAGUCGCUGCUCAGCUUAAGUAGCACAUCCAGUGUAGCAGGUCUGUUAGGCCAAUACAUAGGCUUCAUUCUAAGCGGUAUGCUAAUGGAUAUUGGAAACUGUUUCUGGGUACAGUCAGUAAGCCCCCUGUCCUUGUAUGUUAAAAUGCUUACCACAGCAUUUUACAUGGGAUGAUUCAGAUUCUACAUAAAUUGGUAAAUAGUACCUUCUCUUAAAUCAGCUAAUUCAGUGUUUUUAAAUUUGUUAUUCCUGUUUUCUUUUUGCUGUCUCUCACGUUGUUCUUGCUUUUGUUUGUGUGCCUGGUCAAUGUGCAUGUACUGUCGACACAACACCCUAUGUUUAUGAAUGACGUAUGUAUGUUGUGCAAUAAUCCUGUCACUAUUUUGUGGCAACUCGCCAUCUCUUCUGAAAUUAUGUGAAUUAUGUUGUGUGUUUAGGGCUCGACAUUAACAUUUUAUAGAUUUGAGUUCACAUCACCAUAUCAAACAGUUUCCCUGAUCAGAAUAGAAUCAGUGGUGUCUGGAUGGAAUGUAUUGCUGUUCUCCCAAUAUCGGAGCAGGAUUGCACUGAUAGGCAGAGCGAUCUUUCAAUCAUCCCUGGUUGCGAGAUCCGUGUUUAGCCACACGUGCACAUUUGUUGAUAUUCCUUGCUAAUUAGUGAGUUAUUUGCACAGUUCUAGCAAACAGGCUUCAUAUGGUAAUGAAAAUCAUGUAAAAGUCAUGGUUGGUGCAUCGGCUGCAUGUAUGCGAGUGGGCCGGGAGAGGGAGACAUUGCAGCAUGUAGGCCUAGCCUGUAAAAUAAAGACGAGACAGCCAAUUCAACACAUCUUGUAGCCUGGCUAGUUAACUACAGUGCAUUCGGAAAGUAUUCAAAUCCCUUUCCUUUUCCCCCACAUUGUUACAUUACAGUCUGUAACGUAAUGAAUUCAUUGUUUUCUUCAAGCUACACCAAUACCCCAUAGUGACAAAGCUGAAAUAACUUAUGUAAAGUAUUCAGACGCUUUGCUAUGAUACUCAACAUUAAGCUCAGGUGCAUCCUUGAGAUGUCCACCUGUUGUAAAUUCAAUUGAUUGGACAUGAUUUUGAAAGGCACACCUGUCUAUAUAAGGUCCCACAGUUGAUAGUGCAUGCGAAAACCAAGCCAUGAGGUUGAAGGAAUUGUUCGUAAAGCCCUGAGACAGGAUUGUGUCGAGGCACAGAUCUGCGGAAAGGUACCAAAAAAUGUCUGCAGCAUCGAAGGUCCCCCAGAACACUGUGGCCAUCAUUCUUAAAUGGAAGAAGUUUGGAACUACCAACACUCUUCCUAGAGCUGGUCAUCUGGCAAACUGAACCAUCGGGGGAGAAGGGCUUUGGUCAGGGACGUGACCAAGAACUCAAUGGUCACUCUGACAGAGCGCUAGAGUUCCUCUGUGGAGAUGGGAGAACCUUCCAGAAGGACAACCAUCUCUGCAGCACUCUACCAAUCAGGCCUUUAUGGUGGAGUGGCCAGACGGAAGCCACUUCUGAAUAAAAGGCACAGGACAGCCCGCUUGGAGUUUGCCAGAAGGCACCUAAAGACUCUCAGAACAUGAGGACUCUGACCAUGAGAAACAAGAUUCUCUGCUCUGAUGAAAACCAAGAUUACGGUAUUGCCAGCCUAGACUAUUUGAAAAUAACCUCUGAUUCGCUAUGCAUUGAUACUCCAAAAUGUAAAUUCUUAAACUGUGUGCUCAUGUUUGUUUGUGUGCUCAUGUUGCGUGCCUGUUGUCAUGAUGUGCCCUGGGGGGAGGAUCACCCCCCCCCCCCCCCCCUCCAGUAUUAUGGCUUUACGACAGGUAAGACACAUGGUAGAAACUGCCAUGCAGUAUUGAGGGAGAGAGUCUAUCAGAAAAGAGCUUCUCUUAGUUUAAAACUCCUAAUCCCAAAAUGAGAGAACUAAACAAUAUUUCUACUUUUGAGAAUGUGGGAAUGGUCCGUGGACAGUCAUGUUGAGUGCGUUUAAUUUGGUACGUGCGCAUAGACAUUACGUCGUCAUCAUGGAACCGCCCUUUUCUACUCCAGAGUAUAAAACCACCCGUGAUGAAAUGUACAUUUCAUGCCAAAUCAUUUAGACAAUAUGUAUAUUGCCGAUUCAUUUUGGAAACUAUGGUUCGUGCAGAUAUCCAAGAGUUUGCGACAUUCUGUAAUGAGAACUGAUGAGGUAAUAAUAAAUUCAUUAUCUGAUCAAAUAGUCUUAAAAUAUCUGAAGAGUUUUAUAUUGGGAAAAUUAUAACUUUAAUCUCAACAUUUUCCAUGGUGCCCCGACUUCCUAGUUAAUGAAUGUUUACAUGAUUAGUUUAAUCACGUAAUUAAACCUAGAGAACUGAUUUGAUAUGUCUUCACAUUUAAUGAUAGGUAAGACACGACACUGUCUUUGUUUGCUGAAAUCCAUACUCUUUUUAUAAAAUAAAAUCAUAUACAAUUAC